CUCAUGACGUCACCAUGUUUACCCGGAAAUGUGAGCUUCCACUGACGGCUGCUGUUUAAAUAUGGAAUUGAUCGCAUAAUCGGUCCGUUUUUCCACAUUAACGGAAUUACGGACUUUGUCCGUAACGUAACGCGUAUGAAUAUGUACAGCGGGCUUCUGCCCAAGGACUUAACAGAAGACGAUCUCAGUCCGGAUGAUCAGGAAGAGGAGCAUGAGAGUCAAGUCGUGGAAGUAAUAAACAAUAACCCCGACGUGAAGACUUCUACGGUUAUUAAUGCUACAAAUGAAGCAUCGACAUGCUGCCUGCCUGGUAUAUCCCAGGAAAUGUGGCAAAAAUUUAAUGAUCUGCGUAAGAAGAAAGACGAGAAGAAGAUGAUGAAACUCCCGAGGAAAAAAAGAAGAAAAAGACGACAAUGCAAGAAAGAAACAGAGGGCAAAGAGCCAACAGAGACGAGCAGAGAGCGUCAGGAGGAGCUGGAGAAGCACUGGGACGGGCUAAAGCAGUAUUUUGGUGUAAAUGAUCGAUUUCAUCCCCCUGCAUGUUCCAACCCCCCUCAAAAGUCCGGCCUAGAAAAGAGCAUAGAGAGGGCCAUCGCUGAAGGGGACACUGCAAAGGCGGAGGAGAUGAGCGACAGACUCGCCACUCGAGAGCUGGCUGUGAAAAUCGCCGAAGCCGCUGAUUGCCGUGACUUUGUGCAGCACAAACAGGAAGAGGACGCUUUGAGGGCAGCGAAGAAAAGAAAGAAGGAAAUAGCUUGGGGGUUCGAGGCGAAAAAACGAUGGGAAACCAAAAGCAACAUGGGUUACAUGUGACCAAAAUGGAAGGAAGAUUUUUUUUUUUUUUUUUAUGGUAAUUCAAUAAAAAUUGUUUUGUAUGGCAAA